AUGUUCGCUCGUAUCGUUAUCAUGAUUAAAAGAAUUUCAGAAAAUGAAAGGUCCAAUUUACUGAUCGUAACGCGUUUGGUGUUGAGAACGUUUCUGGAGGAAACGAUGAAACUGCGCCAUCGUAUGCUCGAAACCGACACACAGCCACUUGCCGAUCUGUUCAUGAUGCUUGAGAAGGUAUUGUGGCAUGGAUUCAAGAGUACAGCUCAUCGAACAAUGAUUGCGCUACGGUCGCCAGAUGCUGAAUUGUGGGCAUGCAUUGGACGAAUAGCCAGUACGCAUGCAGAUAUGAACGAGUGUUAUCAGUGUAUAACACAGCUCGGGAAUAUCACGUUGGUUUAA